UGGUCUUUUUCUGUAGCUUGGCUGGCGGCACUUGGCGGAAAAUUGGCUCUUUUGCUGCGUUCGCUGCCUCGGCCACUGAACUCGCAGCGAUUGGACUGAGGACCGGCCACUGCUCAGUGGCUUUCAGAGUUUAGAUGGGCGCGUGAGACGUUCCGGAGAGAAAGAGGGCCGGGUUAAGUCACCCUUCUCCACAUCGGUGGGGUUUCUUAUAUCUGCGGGAAAAAAAUAAUUCAAUGCCUUUUCCAGCAAUGGUACCCGCUAAGGGAAGAAAUGUCAACAACCUCAUUGUGUGUGGGCCUUCAGGAAAAAAGGAAGAAGAGAUUGCCAACAAGGAGUGUGCUAUUGUUGAAGCUGUCAUGCCAUCAGUAGAGGGUAUUGGAAAUCAUAAACCUGCAAAAAAGGAAAUCUGGAUAUGUGGAAAUUCUGUGAUUUCGGUAUCGAAGAUGAGAGCCAAAUCCACCUCUCAUUGGUUUCUGUUGGGCUUCCCACCUUCAACUACAAAUGUGUAUUGGUAUGGUAAUCCUACACUGAUGUGGGAUGAUCUAUUACCUCUUCUGCAUGAAAUAUAUCAUUGCCGUUCUUAUCCAUCUAUUAUAUUAAUACACCUUGGGGAAAAUGAUCUGUUGAUAGACAGUAGAUGUUCACUUGUUCCCAGGAUGCAAAAUGACUUGGGUAUCCUUAGAAGAGCAUUACCAGAUGUGGUUAUAAUUUGGUCUUCAUUAUUACCACUACACUUUUGGACAUCAUCUGAGAAGCUUCAAGGUAUGGAAUCUGAACGUAAUAAUGUUAACUGCAAAAUGGCAAAAUAUUGUAAUGAAACUGGCAUAUGCUAUUUAUCACAUAAGUUGAUUACUGCUGAAAAGAAACCCCUGUUCAUGCCUGAUAACACACUGUCUAGUGCAGGAGCUGAUAUUUUUGUAAGGGAUCUGGUAGAGGUCUUAAAGCCCUAUCAUGUCUGUAAUGAAUUCUAAAAUUAUCUUCCUUGGUGGAGGAUAGGUUUUUUAAGACCUUCUUUACAUCCCAGUCCUAUAUGUGCACUGGUGUCUUGGGUUUUGUGGGAAGCUGGGUGGGUGGAAAAGAAAUACUGAAGACAUCUGCUUGUAGUUGUCUGGAAGGAUACGUAUGUUGCCUCUCCAUCAUAUUAUAUCCUGGCUAGUAUUUUUCAUGUGUUAACAAAUUUUGUAUGAAGAAAAAAUGUACGAAGGAAAAUAGAUCAAGGCUAUAGUGGAUAUUUAUUUCCAUUUUUGUUAUUCAGAGGACUCUCAAGUAUUGUAUUUUCAUUUGUGUAGAGCCUCCUUUUAUUGCAAUCAAGGUCAUGGUAGGCUGUGACACUAUUCAGUGGGCAGUUUGUACGUUACAGUUAUGUGUUUGUCAUAUACUAGGAGAACUAUGAUGUUGCCAGAGAUUAUUUGGAACAAUAUGAAUGCAGUAGUCAUUCUUUAGCAUAUUCAUCAUAGAUAGAACAUAGGGACAUUUUGCCAUACAAUAGCCUAUUGCUUUGGUGCCAGUUUUGCCUUUGCUUUGUUUUAUUGUUUGUAGUUCCCAUGUAGGCUUCCCCUCUUUACUAUCUACAGGUAUUGGAAGACUGGUUAGUUUUACGACUUUCUCCCCAAAAGUUGUAUUUCUAAAUUAUCAUAUUGUGGUUCAGCUCCCAUCUUAUGAAUGUAGCACCUCUCUUGCAUCAGUAACAAUUGCAGGAAGCUCAGCGACGUUGUCCAUUAAGAUAAAUCCAAGUAGCAGCAGUAAGGGCUACUUUAGGAUUAACUAAAAAUCAUUUUAUCUUGCUUUUAAAUGCCACAAACCUUUUCUUCAUGCUGGAGUUUGAACAACAAAGAGAGGGAAGAAGGAAAGAAAAGGGUAUUGUUGGUAAGGAAAAUAGUGUGGUGCUCUGUUCACAAUAUGAGGUACCCCAUUUGCAAUCUUAAAGUGAUGGAAAUUUCUCUGCUGAGUAAGUUGCAUGUUGUGACAAAGCUUAUUUGGGACAAAGAAGCAAUAGCCACUGUCCUUUUGAUAAAUAUGGAAGCUGUAAUUUGACAUUUUUAACAUAUGUAAACAGGGUGUCGACAUGUUCUUUACCAGCUAUAUCUUAUCUGAAUUUUCUUAGCUCCCUCUUUUUUAUGUGAUCUGAGAAAGAGGACUGUGAUGCUCUAUAGUGAUUUUUAGUUGGUCCAAAAAAGUAUUACUAUUGCUGUUUUCAUAAUUGUUGUUACAACAGACUAGCAAGCAAUCUUAUUUUAUUUUGCUCUUCAAAAUAAUUAGUGGUUUUGUUUUAGAAGAAUGAUUGGGUUUUACGCUUUCAGCACAAUAUAUAACCAUAAUAGCUUUGUUUAGAGGAGUCAGGCUGAUGUUAACUGUGAAAUGACCAAAGAAUUUGUGUGUGGUAGCCCCAGCUUGAAAAUGAUCCUAUUUGUACAGAAAUCAAAUUGCUGGAGAAAGAUAAACUUCCAUGGACAUUUAACAAAUAUUAUGGAGCCCAUCAGGAUGCGUUAGACACCAAGCAUCCGCAGAUCUUCUUGACUCUUCAUGAUGAUUCUUUGGCUGUCAUGAAAUUACCUACAUCUGAAAAAGAAAUGGACUUAUUUUUGGCUACCUGCAAUUUUAUUAUGAAUUUUCUUGUUGAAACUUAAUUAUAAUAAAAACUAUGAUUUGA